CAAUAGAGCCUGAGGCCUUGAAACAGGGGAACAUGAGCUCUCUGGGCUUCACCAGCAAGGAGCAACGAAACCUUGGCCUACUGGUGCACCUCAUGACCACUAAUCCCAAGAUCCUUUACUCACCUGUUGGCACAGAAGUGGACAAAGUAAUAGAAAAGGCUAAUGAAACAUUUGCCUUUGUUGGGAAUGUUACACACUAUGCCAGAGUCUGGCUGAACAUUUCCUCAGAAAUCCGCACAUUCCUGGAAGAAGGCAGGCUCCAGAAUCGCAUCAGCUGGCUACAGCAGUUUCCGUUUCAUUCCAAGUAGUGAAAUCUUGGGAGAGAACACAUUAAAAGACACCAGCAACCAUCCAGUACUUGACCUGUCACUUGGCCUGUCUUGAUGUUGAGAAUGGGUGAACUGGGGAUACUGUGACUAAACCUUCCGCAGUUGUGACGGAUGUUCACUUGCAAUUGCAAAUCCUUAUCUGUUUUACAUAUGGCCAUAUUUGCAAGUGUCCUGAACGACUACUGCCACCUCCGACCACCACCACCGGAGAAUCCUCAGCAAUACUAUCAUACUCUCAGUAAGCGUGCACAUACUCUCAUAACUUCCAAAAAGUAUUACCCAAAACGAACAGCCCAACUCCUGUCUGGUUCAGUCUCAAGUCAGUGUCCUGGUUUCAGGUCCUUCUCUAAGACCUAAGGGUAUAAUCUCAGCUGGCAUUCCACUGAACAUAGUGAAGCCUUAGAGGGAUUAUAAACAAGGAUGAGGAUUUUAGAGUUAGGUUUAUUGUCAAGUUACACAAGAACAGGAGUUCAGCGUAAAGUAUGCAAUGUCGCCGACACACAGCCCCACCUUAGGUACAAAGUAACUAGUUACAAAUCUUAGGUACAAUAAAAAGAGAAAAUAGAAAAAAAAAGUUACACUACAUCACAGGCAUAUACAGUAUAAGUUAGGAAAAUGAUAAAUAAGCUAAAAGGAUAGACAUUCCAGUCCUUCUGUAAGGGAUUUUAAAAUUAAGGCAAUGAUUACUUGAGCAGGAAAGGAAAGGAGGGAGGGAUGGAAGGACAGACAAAGGAAAGAAGAUAAGUAAAAGUAAGGAGGGCAAGAAAGAAGCAGCAAAAGAAAGACUGAACCAGCCUUCUGGUGCUUACCAAGACACCGCAGAGUACUUGUACAGUAACUGAAGUGUUCCUGAAGUAUAGUGACUGCUUUAAUGAACAUGUUGGUGAAGGCUAAUAAUGCAUUUCCAUUUCCUAUCAUAAGUAUUGCAUACUGUGAAGGUGACAAAACUUCCAAUGGACUGUAACAAAGAGCUGAGAAUUUGAAGGCAGGUUAAAUCACAGCAGUGACGAAGCAUCCAGCUUUCAUUCAUCUCAAAGAGAUCAACUGGUGCUUUACCUGCACUGAGGCACUCGGGAAAUGCGAAUAAAAGCACCAUGAGAUGUUAAACUAAGGUCAAGGAUUAAUUUAAAUGAUCCCAAAGCAUGAUUCAAAGAACAGCAAUGUUUUAUUUUCCCAUAGGGUCCACUCUUGGACAACAUUCCUUCUCAACCAAAACCAAAGAAAUCAUAUCAUUGUUUAUUUAUCCAGUUGCUGUUUGUGCUGUACCUCUGUAAUGCCUUUUUAAUAACAGUAACUAUAGUUGAUUGUCCAUGAAGUCAUUGGUUCAUCCUGCGGUAGUAAAGCUCUCUAUGCAUGCAGUCCCUUCAUUUCAUUUUAUUCAUGUAGCCUACACACAGCUCUGUCAGGGAUCUGCACUUUGUGAUUUUAAAGCAAAUCAAUCUCUGCAUCGAAGUCACAGCGAUACUAAGCGUAGUGCAAUGUUGCUGUCUAAAGAUAUGAUGAUGAUGCAGAGGUGGUGGUGUUGGACAAGGUCAGAAAUCACGCGACACCAGGUUAUAGUCCCACAGGUU